AUGGAGGAGUUUGCGAAUCAAAGCUCGACUACCGACUUCAUCCUCCCGGGCCUCUUCACUCACAGCGGGGCCAGCCACUUCCUCUUCUCUCUGGUCUGCGCCAUCUUCACCGUGGCCCUGACCGCCAACGCAGUCCUGAUCCUCCUCAUCGGCGUAGACCCCCGGCUCCGUACCCCGAUGUACUUCCUGCUGAGCCAGCUCUCCGUCCUGGACGUCUCCUUCAUCUCGGUGACGGUUCCCAAGAUGGCCGUCGACUUCCUAUCGGGGAGGAAUGUCAUCUCAUUCCCAGGCUGUGGGACGCAGAUGUUCUUCUUCCUGUUAGUGGGAGCGGCCGAAUGUCUCCUGUUGGGCUUCAUGGCCUACGACCGCUACCUGGCCGUCUGUCACCCUCUCCGCUACCCCGUCCUCAUGAGCCGGCAGGUCUGCCUCCUCAUGGUGGCCGGCUCCUGGAUGGGAGGGAUUCUAGAUGGUGCCAUCUUGACGCCUCUGACUCUCGGUUUCCCCUUCUGUCGUUCCCGUGAAAUCCCCCAUUUCUUUUGUGAAAUCCCGGCCGUCCUGCAGCUGUCCUGUUCGGACGUCUCCCGCUACGAGACCAGGGUGUUCCUGAGCGGGAUCGUCUUCCUGCUCCUCCCCAUCUCGUUCAUCGUCGCUUCCUACGCCUUCAUCCUGGCUUCGGUUCUCCGGAUGAAGUCAACUGAGGGAAGGCAGAAGGCGUUCGCCACCUGCUCCUCUCACCUGACUGUCGUAGGGCUGUUUUACGGGAUUAUCAUCUUUAUGUACAUGACCCCCAGAUCCUACCACACCCCCAAGCAGGAUAAGACUAUGUCUGUGUUCUACACCAUUCUCACCCCUAUGAUGAACCCCUUGAUUUACAGUCUGAGAAACAAGGAGGUAAUGGGAGCUCUAGGGAGGAUGAUGAGGAGAUGCACCUUUGCGUAGAAAAUCAGGGAAUCAGAGACUCGCCGAGCUUGACGUUACCUCCAGAUAAUAAUAACUGGGA